CUGGCUUCUCCUUCUUCCCAAAUACUCCUCCUUCUGCUCCUAUGGUGUGUGUUUGUGUCUGCAUGAGUGCGUGUGCUGUAUGCAUAUGUGUGUGUUUGUGCGUGUGUGCAUAUGUGUGCAUGAAUGUAUACAUGUGUGUGUGCACGUGCAUGUGUGUAUGUAUGUGUGACCCGUGUGCAUACGUGUGUGUGUGUGUGUGUGUGUGUGAGUCUUGUGCAGCUAGUCACAGAUGCUGUGUUUUAUUAUUGCAAUGGUUGUGUCAUAUCCAGAAGUUGUGAUUUCAUAUUGUCUCUAUCCCUCACUCUUACAGUCUUCCCACCCUUUCUCUCUGAUGGCUCCUGGUCCUCGGAAGCUGUUGUGCAAGUCUUGUUUAGGAUCACACACUCCACAGUCAUUUAUUCUCAGUUGUUAGACUCUUCACUAACUGUCAUCCUCAAAACAAUAGAGCCCUCUCUGACCCGGGCCGAGGGCAGCGCAGGUCUGUAGGUAUGGCCUUUUGUUUUUGCUCUUCCCAAAAGCUGGAAGAAUUUCCAGGAGCUUCUGGACACCUUUGCUCGUGCCGUGUGCUUACUCUGGAGAUGAAGCCUCUGUCUCCAGGGUGGCCUGUGCCUCCUGGGGAGCCAGGCAGAGCUCAUUGUACUACAUUCUGUCUUACCAUGCGCGCAGACAGCAUGUGAGCUGUGUGUUCCGCUCCAUUUUCUUCUUGCUUGUUUGAUUUCUAACUCUUUUACUUUUAAUUCUUAUCAAUAUGUUGUUUACGUGUUAGCCACAUGUUUUUCUUUUCCUUAAAAUUCUUUCCUGGAGAAAUACAUUCAGCUACCCGCAGCACACUAGUUACAUCAUCUGAAAGGGUGCGGGCCAGUGGCUUUGAGUCUGUCUGCAAUGUGCGGUGGCCAUCACUAUUAUCCAAGUUGUGAAGACCUCUUGUUACCCCAUCCCCAAACAUACCCCCCCCCAAAUAUCCCCUCUUCCCUUCUAAUCAGUACUUUGCUUUCCGCUGGUAUUUUCGUUUUUUUGGACAUCUCAUUUCAACAGAAUCAGCAGUCUGUGGUCUUUUGUGUCUCGCUUCCAUUGCAUAAUGCUUCCAAGGUACAGGCUGUACCAUGUGUCAGGAUUUAAUUCCUUCCCGUGGUGUGGUACUGUUCCAUUACCGCUGCUUUGCUUGUCUCUUUGUCGGUUGACAGCCCUCUGGGAUGUUCCCACUUUUCGGUUAUUAUCGGCAGUACCACUUUGAGCAUUCGAGCGCAGUUUAGUAUGAAUGUCUCCAAUUCUCCUAAGUAGACAUCUGAGUCAUAUGGUAACCCUGUUCCUCAGCAUUUGAGGAACUGCCACUAAGUCUUUCAGUGUGUCUGGGCCACUUUAUAUUUCUAGCAGCAACAUGGGGGUGGGGGUUCUGACUUCUCCGCGGAUUUAAAUUCUCAAUCUGUUUCUAGUUUCUGUUUUAGCCGCUGUCGUGUCUGAAGUGGGGUUUUGUGGCUUUGAUUUGCAUUUCCCCACUGACAAACAGUGUUGAACAUCAUCUCGUUGCUAUUGGCCACCUGUGAGUAAUCCUUGGAGAAAUGUCUGCUGGAGAACGUCGCCCCCUGUGAUGUAUUUGUUUGCUCUGAGGUGUCACAUGACACUGAGGAUGUCUGAAGAAUGAAGUGAUGGAACUUUGAAGACCGAGUCAACGGGCAGAAGGGAAUCCCGGGAUCUUCAAUGGCAGGAGAAAGAGCAACAGAAGACCGAGAUGAAUUUUAACACUAUCCUAGAAGAGAUUCUUAUUAAAAGGUCCCAGCAGAAAAAGAAGACAUCACCCUUAAACUACAAAGAGAGACUUUUUGUACUUACAAAAUCCGUGUUAACCUACUAUGAGGGUCGAGCGGAGAAAAAAUACAGAAAGGGAUUCAUUGAUAUUUCAAAAAUCAAGUGUGUGGAGAUAGUGAAGAACGACGAUGGGAUCAUUCCCUGUCAAAAUAAAUUUCCAUUCCAGGUUGUUCACGAUGCUAACACACUUUAUAUUUUUGCACCUAGUCCACAAAGCAGGGACCGGUGGGUGAAGAAGUUAAAAGAAGAGAUAAAGAACAACAAUAAUAUCAUGAUUAAAUAUCAUCCUAAAUUUUGGGCUGACGGAAGUUACCAGUGCUGUAGACAAACGGAAAAACUGGCGCCCGGAUGUGAAAAGUACAAUCUUUUUGAGAGUAGUAUAAGAAAGACCCUGCCUCCUGCACCGGAAAUAAAGAGAAGGCCUCCUCCACCAAUCCCUCCAGAGGAAGAAAAUACUGAAGAAAUAGUUGUAGCGAUGUAUGACUUCCAAGCAACAGAAGCACAUGACCUCAGGUUAGAGAGAGGCCAAGAGUAUAUCAUCCUCGAAAAGAAUGACACCCAUUGGUGGAGAGCAAGAGAUAAGUAUGGGAGUGAAGGAUAUAUCCCAAGUAAUUAUGUCACAGGAAAGAAGUCCAACAACUUAGAUCAAUAUGAGUGGUAUUGCCGAAACACCAACAGAAGCAAAGCAGAGCAGCUCCUCCGGACAGAAGACAAGGAAGGGGGUUUUAUGGUGAGAGACUCCAGUCAACCAGGCUUGUACACAGUCUCCCUUUACACAAAGUUCGGGGGAGAAGGCUCAUCAGGCUUCAGGCAUUAUCACAUAAAGGAAACAGCAACAUCCCCAAAGAAGUAUUACCUGGCAGAAAAGCAUGCUUUUGGGUCCAUUCCUGAGAUCAUUGAGUAUCACAAGCACAACGCAGCAGGACUUGUCACCAGGCUGAGGUACCCGGUUAGUACAAAGGGGAAGAACGCGCCCACUACUGCUGGCUUCAGCUAUGAUAAGUGGGAGAUUAACCCCUCAGAGCUGACCUUUAUGAGGGAGUUGGGGAGUGGACUCUUUGGAGUGGUGAGGCUUGGCAAGUGGCGGGCCCAGUACAAAGUAGCCAUCAAAGCUAUCCGGGAAGGCGCCAUGUGUGAAGAGGAUUUCAUAGAGGAAGCUAAAGUCAUGAUGAAGCUGACACACCCCAAGCUGGUACAGCUCUACGGCGUGUGCACCCAGCAGAAGCCCAUUUACAUCGUUACCGAGUUCAUGGAACGGGGCUGCCUUCUGAAUUUCCUCCGGCAGAGACAAGGCCAUUUCAGCAGAGAUGUCCUGCUGAGCAUGUGCCAGGAUGUGUGUGAAGGGAUGGAGUACCUGGAGAGAAACAGCUUCAUCCACAGAGACUUGGCUGCUAGAAAUUGUCUAGUGAAUGAAGCAGGAGUUGUCAAAGUAUCUGAUUUCGGAAUGGCCAGGUACGUCCUGGACGAUCAGUACACAAGUUCCUCUGGUGCCAAGUUCCCUGUGAAGUGGUGUCCCCCAGAAGUGUUUAAUUACAGCCGCUUUAGCAGCAAGUCAGACGUCUGGUCAUUCGGUGUGCUAAUGUGGGAGAUAUUCACAGAAGGCAGGAUGCCCUUUGAGAAGAACACCAAUUACGAAGUGGUAACCAUGGUUACUCGAGGUCACCGACUUCCCCGGCCAAAGUUGGCUUCCAAAUAUUUGUAUGAGGUGAUGCUGAGGUGCUGGCAAGAGGUACGGCUGUUUGUCUGUGUUUCUUCUGGAUCAUGGUUGGCCGGUGGAUGGGGAGUCCAGUUCUUGCAGCUCAGUGAGGGUGCGCCUCCUGCACUGGGAUGUCAAACUCUGGCAAGAAGCUUUACCUUGGUUCUGAAUUUUGAGAGGAAUCUGAAGAAACAGACAACGCUAACAGUUAGCUUAAUACUCAGGCUGAUGCUUCCCUCCCCAGUGGGAGCCCCUCCACAGCCAGGGCCUUGAGAAUAAGCUUCUCUCCUUUCUGUUCAGUAACUGUGGGGUUAAAAGGUUCACUUUCUAGAGAAGGGUUCUUCUUUAAACUCAUUGCCUCUAGGUAUCUUACUUAAUCUCUGAAAAUUAGAAACAUUGAAAUGUCAUCUCCAUAGAAGACAGUAAACCCCAGAGAGACACAUAUAUUUUGUAUCCAGUUCUUUCAAUGUCAUUUUUAGAGUAACCCUUUGAGGCUUAGAUACUUGUACUGUGACCAUAAGGCUCUCACGAGGGUGAUACUUGCCCAGGGGCCAGUUACUUACAGAGCUUCAGAGACCCAUCCUGCACCAAAGCCGUCACUUGCUAUGACACCACCCACCAGCCGAUUGGGGUGCACAGAGGCUGAUUGGGCAGGAAGUGGUAGCAGGGACAGCAGCAGGAAUGAUUGAGUGGAGGAUUUGGUUACAAACAUGGAUGGAGCUUAGUCUGAAUUGUAGGAAAUGAGGUUAGCUGACAAGGGGAAGGGGGUGGGAUGGGUCACAUAGUGUCCUCAAAAUGAGUCAGACUUGAUUUCUCAGGCACUAUAGAACUCUAGUAAUCCCAAACAGGGACACAACAUCGAGGGCUCAAAAAGGAACCCAGCAGCCGUGGGGUUGAUUAGGGCAAAGAGAGGUCAUCCUGUGUUUCUCUACUCCCUUGAGCCUUUACCUCUGAGUGUUCUGCAGGAUCUGAGCAGUGAGAAUUUCCUGGGGAAUGGAUUAUGAAACUGACAGCUUCUCUUUAACUUUUAACUGUAGAGACCAGAGGGAAGGCCUUCGUUUGAAGACUUGCUACGUACGAUAGAUGAACUAGUCGAAUGCGAAGAAACUUUUGGAAGAUAAACGGCGGCCCCAGUUUCCAAGGCAAGAGGAAGAAACGGCGUGCCAUUGGAACGAGACUCCCUUGAUGCUUGGGAAUAGAGACUGCUCUGCUCACAGUGUGGAAGCUGGAAAGCGUCCGCUCCUGAUCCAGCCUCAGCUACGUGGCUGCUUUGCAGGAUGCACAGAUGGUCUCUUAGAGCUGGGGACUUGAAGCACUCAUUUUGCUCAUCCCUUCAAGAGUUUGAGCACCAGCCAUGCACCAGGCACUGUGCCCAGGCCUCGGGAGAUGAGCAUGGGUCUGUGCUAGCUGGCGCUAGUAGAAAGCCAGGGUGUUCGAGAUGAGAAGGAGCCAUGCCCCAACAUUCUUCUGUGCCCUUUGGCUUCUAAUAAAAUGGGCCUGGGGUGUUGUCUACCGCCGAGUUCUAGGUAAAGCAGGAACCCACCUCGACAAGUAGUAAUCCUUUGUUUUGAAAACAUCUCUUUCCAAACCUGUUCUUAGUAGUACGUUUAAAAAUUUGUAUACUGUAUAUAUUGUAAAUGCAUAUAAUAUAUAAAGUUAUAUAUUUAUAAGUAA